AUGUUACCUUCCGUUUCAUUAUUAUUUUACCUGUUCCAUCCGAAAAGUGGGAAGAUAGUCCAUGCAAGACAGAACAGCCAGAUACCCAAAAUUCGCAGUAAUGCUCCGCCAAUAGUCAUUGGCUUGGCUGCUAAACCCUUGACAAUAACAUUGUACCUGUCAAAUGCAAUCGCUGUCAUCGACCAAAUGGAGAUAGAAAAUUUAAAAAGUGGAGCCAUACAGAACAUCAUUAAAAAGUCUGAAAAAGCAAGAUUGACUACCAAUAAAUUGCUGGGUGUUCUUAAAUUUUUAGUCGAGGUGAAGAUGAAGACAACCAUGCCGUUCCCAAUAACUGAAACAGUACCCAGACAGCCAAUAACAAAACCAAGGAUUGCGUGCCACAGUGGAUUCAUCGGUGGGAAUUGA